AUGGCGCGGUCGACACAAGCCCCGGCGUCGCGGGAGCUGGGACUCGACUAUGAAACGCCCGCCGAAAAAACGUGCGCCGUCGUCCACACCAAAAGCCCGCCAAAACAGCCACCCGUCUGGACCUGGUCCACCGGGGCCCGCCCAGCGGCUGAGCGAGCAUCCCAGAUCAGACUGGCCCUUGCCAAAUACGAGCUCCGGCGCGCGGACUGCAACGGCCUCGCUCGACGAGUCACCGCGGGCGAGCAGCACUUCUGCGUCGUUGCUCCUUUCUUUCCCCUGUAUAUUGAUUUCAGACUAGAGGAUCGAGGCGGCAAGCCAAGAAGAAAGAAAACGGUUAGUGGAAAUUUCCAUGUCGCGGACCAUCUUCCGCGGCAUCGAAGGCUGAAGACUAUUCGCAACCACCAAGACCAGGUUCAGCCCAGGCUGAACAUGCGCAUGUUUACGCGGCGGCCCAAACCCGCUGUGGCGGUCCAGCCGCCUCCCGUCGCGGACUCGCGGGCCUCUGGCGCCAUCUCGGAUUGCGCCCAACCUCGUCUUGGAAAGGGCCACGUUGAUGAAGGAGGUGUCGUGGCCGAUGGCGUGGUCUCGAGAGAUAUCAACGCCCGGGCGGUGUGGGAUAAGGCUGGCAGAGCCUCAACAAGAUUUUGCAACAUGGUAGCAAGCAGGGGCUGGUAG